UCCACUUUCUCUCUCUACUUCCCACAUAAACCCCUCCGCCGUAGUUUUCCCCUUGCUGCUCCUACUCUCCGCCGCCUUCUCUCUCAAGCUCCUGCCACGUUUUUCGACUCUGAGCCCGCUCUGCUCUACCUCCGCCGCCGCCACAACUAUUGAGCCCUGCUACUUAUCGUGUUCAUUGCCGGAAAAGAAGCCUCUCAAAGUAGCUGUACUUAUCAGCGGCGGCGUAGACAGCAGCGUCGCUCUCCGCCUACUCCACGCGGCUGGCCAUUCCUGCACCGCCUUCUACCUCAAAAUCUGAGAUCUUGCUGAAGAAGUCAGUCUUUUGCCCAACACCUCAAAUUUGUCGAUUUUCCUGAAAUGGGGAAGAAUGAAUUCCUAACCCCGAAGGCUAUCGCGAACCGGAUCAAGGCGAAAGGUCUGCAGAAGCUGCGAUGGUAUUGCCAAAUGUGCCAAAAACAAUGCCGCGACGAGAACGGAUUCAAGUGCCAUUGUAUGAGUGAGUCCCACCAGCGCCAGAUGCAGGUCUUCGGCCAGAACCCCACCCGAAUCAUCAGUGGAUACUCCGAGGAAUUCGAGAGCAUGUUCCUCGAGCACAUGAAGCGGAGCCACCGCUUCAGCCGCAUCGCCGCCACCGUCGUCUACAACGAGUACAUCUCUGACCGCAACCACGUCCACAUGAAUUCCACCAAGUGGGCGACACUGACGGAGUUCAUCAAGUAUUUGGGGAAGGCCGGCAAGUUGAAGGUGGAAGAGACCCCCAAAGGCUGGUUCAUCACCUACAUCGAUAACGAUUCCGAGACUCUGUUCAAGGAGAGGAUGAAGAAUAAGCGCCUUAAGGCGGAUAUGGUGGAGGAGGAGAAGAUGGAGAGGGAGAUUCAGAAACAAAUUGAGCGAGCUGAGCAGAUGGUUGGGAGUGACAAGGGUGGUGAUGAAGAAGGACUUGCUAAAUCGAGAAUGUUGGAGAAGACUGAUGAGGAGGGUGGAGCAAAGAUCAAGUUAAGCUUGGGGCAGUCGAAAAAGAACCCGGAGAUGAAUGGGAAACGGGGGGAUAAUACUAGGUUGUUGUUUGAUGAGGUCGAGCCAGAGAGUAGUAGUGGGAAGCGGAGAAGAGAAGGCGAGGGUUCGAGUAAGAAUGCAUCAGUUUUGGAUGAGAUGAUGAAAGAGGAGGAGAAAGCUAAGGAAAGGAUCAAUAGAAAGGACUAUUGGGUUUGCCCAGGGAUUGUUGUGAAGGUUAUGAGUAAAGCUUUGGUGGAUAAGGGGUACUACAAGCAGAAAGGCGUCGUGCGCAAGGUGAUUGAUAAAUACUGUGGGGAGAUUGAGAUGCUUGAGAAUAAGCAUGUAUUGAGGGUUGAUCAGGAGGAGUUAGAGACGGUGCUUCCUCAGAUAGGGGGUCUUGUCAAGAUAGUGAAUGGCGUGUAUCGCGGUCAGAUUGCAAGGUUACUGUCAAUUGAUACUGAUAGAUUUUGUGCCAAGGUGCAGAUUGAGAAGGGAGUAUAUGAUGGAAGAGUUCUCAAGGCUGUUGAGUAUGAAGAUAUUUGCAAACUAGCUUAGUGGCAUAUGGAUCUUGGGAGUGUUUAAUGUAUUGCUCAGUGGUUGGUUUUGAAUUGAUCAUCUGUUCUAAUUGUAUCCAAGUCUGAGAAUCUUAUGAUCAAGAAAGUUGUAAUUAGAUAACAACAACCUCACAAGCUUAUCAGCCAUUAAGGCCUAAACUUAAACCCAUCCCUUAAUGAUGAUACUAGUUUCUUUCUGUUGCAUGCUA